UCUCUGGCUGCGAGCGGAUAACGUUUUUGCAACGUAUACUACCGGCGCUGGUACUAGUGUAGUAUGCUUUUUGAGUUUAGACUAGACCGGAGUCUAUUUUCCUAACAAGAAAACGUCAAUACUCCACUGCCAGUCUGCCAGCCAUGGUUUCAUUUUGAAUUCUAAAGUCCAAUGGCUGCCUCAUCCGUUCCCCUUCAUCACGUCGGUGGUUGCUUCAGCUAUCCCCGCCGGGAAAGGGAAUAUCAUCAUGGACGUGGGUGGUCACCAACGCCAAGAGCCAGUUAUCCUUUGAGACCCAUUAAUGCUUCAGUGGAAACUCCUUUUCCACUCUUUCAGCCUCCCCCACUUCAGCAAUCUCCCUCUCAGCUGGAGCCUGCCGACCCUGAUUUCUACAAGAUUGGUUAUGUUCGAAGUAUGAGAGCUUAUGGAAUAGAGUUUAAGGAUGGACCUGACGGUUUUGGAGUCUAUGCCUCCAAAGAUGUUGAACCUCUGCGUCGUGCCAGAGUUAUCAUGGAAAUACCUUUAGAAUUGAUGUUGACAAUAAGGCAGAAGCAGCCAUGGAUGUUUUUCCCCGAUAUAGUGCCAAUAGGUCAUCCCAUAUUUGAUAUAAUAAACUCAACCAAUCCUGAGACCGAUUGGGAUCUGAGAUUGGCAUGCCUUCUUUUGUAUGCAUUUGAUAGGGAUGAUAACUUUUGGCAACUAUAUGGUGACUUCUUACCUAGUGCAGAUGAGUGCACUAGCUUGCUUCUUGCUACAGAGGAUGACCUCUCAGAACUGCAGGAUCCUGGCCUUGCUUCAACUAUGAGAAAACAACAACAAAGAGCAUUAGAAUUUUGGGAAAAGAACUGGCAUUCUGGAGUUCCCCUGAAAAUAAAGCGCCUUGCUCGUGAUGCUGAGAGAUUCAUUUGGGCUGUUAGCAUUGCACAGUCACGGUGCAUUAACAUGCAAGUUAGGAUUGGUGCACUAGUUCAAGAUGCAAAUAUGCUAAUUCCUUAUGCUGAUAUGCUAAAUCAUUCAUUUCAGCCAAAUUGUUUUCUCCACUGGCGUUUUAAGGAUCGCAUGGUUGAGGUGAUGAUAAAUGCCGGACAGAGGAUCAAAAAAGGAGAUGAGAUGACGAUCAAUUAUCUGAGUGGACAGCAGAAUCAUAUGCUCAUGCAACGAUAUGGCUUCUCUUCAGCUGUGAACCCGUGGGAUUUAAUACCAUUCUCUGGAAAUGCACAUAUUCACUUGGAUUCUUUCUUGUCAGUCUUCAAUAUAUCUGGUCUUCCUGAAGAGUAUUAUCAUAACAGUCAGUUAGCAGAUAAUGGAGAUAACUUUGUCGACGGGGCAGUCAUAGCCACUGCACGAACAUUGCCCACAUGGUCAGAUGGUGAUGUUCCUCCAAUCCCUAGCAUAGAAAGGAAAGCUGUGAAGGAGUUACAGGAGGAAUGUCAGCAGAUGCUUGCACAGUUUCCUACAACUUCUGAGCAAGACCAGAAGUUUCUAGAUUCUCUGCCUGAAGCAAGGACGCUUGAAACUGUGAUUAAGUACAGAUUGCACCGGAAAUUGUUCAUAGAGAAGGUCAUCCAGGCAUUGGACAUCUAUCAAGAGCGAAUAUUGUUUUAAAUGAGUUUCGACUUCAUAGGAUCGCAGACAGUUUUGUUCAAGAGCCGAUGUCAAAAAGCCAAUAAAUUGCUAAUUUAGAAAGAAUGAUGAGUAGUUGGGAAAUUUUGUGAAUGCAGAAAAUAUUAUGUCAAUCUAUCCAAAAGAUAAGGUAUCCAUUUUUCUGUUUCUUCUUGUUCACCCCAUCUUAUCUGUCUGUAUCUUUAGUCAUACUUGGAUCGUUGAUUAUUAAGAAGCGGUAAUGGAAGCAUAAUUGGAUUAACUGGAUA